ACAGCAAUCCCUUUGAUAGGUCUCGUUUUUUAAUUGUUUUUGUCUUAUAAAUAGAGAAAAUAGUGGGGUUGGGUUGUGGCUCAGAGGUAGAGCACUUGCCUAGUGUGUGUGAGGCACUGGGUUUGAUCCUCAGCACCACCUUAAAAAAAUAAAGGUAUUGUGUCCACCUACAAUUAAAAAAUAAAUAUUUUAAAGCAUAGAGAAAACCAGUACUAAAGAAGUCAGGAACCAUGUCUCCCAGGUAGGGAGUAGGGUGAAGCUACUAUUUAAUUUCACGUGCAUCUCUUUGCAGAGGCUAAACCCUACCAGGACACCAGAUCUCUUCAAAAUUGCUUGAUGAUGGCACUUGUCUCUCACAAAGCUGCUGUAACACUCUAUUUUAUAUGCAUCUCUCAGUUACUUUACUCUUUGGUCUAAUGGAUGCAUGAAUAAAUAUGAAUAGAGCUGAAUUGAAUCCCAUUAAACUUCUUUUAAGCAUAGAGUUUUUGGGAAUCAGUCUGAGCAAAUGGAAGGCUUGGCUUUGCCGGUAGAUAUGCCUGUAAAUGAACACAAGCCUUUUGUAGGUUUGUUGAGAAGGUUAACCACAUUUAAGCCAGGUGAAAUGUAAGUGUGUAUUAUAAGGAUGCAAACUCUUAAUAGACUCAGGUGAUAUGAUUUGGGAGAUGUAUUUUUUGCAACUGUGUGACUUUAGGCAAAUAUAUCAUCUUCCUGGACCUGAGUUUGUUCAUUCACACUGGUGUGAUUCGGAUCAUGUGAUCUGCAAGGAUACUUUAGCUUCAACAAUGUGUCACUAUAUAGAUUAUCUGUCCCUUAGUUUUUUUUUGGUCCCAGUCUUUGCUUUAGAUCAGCAAACCACGAAGAAGAAAGAAAAGGAUGAAAUAACAGAAUUUAUGUGUUUUAGUGCUAUUCCUCUUCCCUUGACCACUCACUGUUCCUUUCUUCCUUAGUACAGAGAAUUUUGACUCACCAUGCUUAACCACACAGAAGUGAAGGCGUUCAUCCUGGAGGGUCUAACCAACGCUCCAGAACUACAGGUCCCCCUCUUUGUCUUGUUCAGCCUCGUCUACCUCGUCACUGUUUUGGGAAACCUGGGGAUGGUCCUGUUGAUUCUCUCGGACACUCGCCUCCACACCCCCAUGUACUUUUUCCUCAGCAACUUUUCUUUGGUGGACUUUGGGUAUUCUUCAUCUGUCACGCCCAAAGUGAUGGCUGGGUUCCUUGAGGAAGUCAAGGCCAUCUCUUACAACGCAUGUGCCGUGCAGAUGUUCUUCUUCACAGCCUUUGCUUCUCUGGAAAAUAUCAUCUUGGCCUUGAUGGCUUACGACCGCUAUGUAGCAGUGUGCAAACCCUUACGCUACACCACCAUCAUGACCAAAAGUGUGUGUGUGCGUCUGGUCCUGGGCUCCUACCUCUGUGGUUUCCUGAACGCCUCCGUCCACACUCUGAACACAUUCGGGCUCUCCUACUGUCAGUCCAACGUGGUCCACCAUUUCUUCUGUGACCUCCCAGCAGUCAUGAUUCUCUCCUGUUCCGAUAAACACAUUAGUGAGAUGGUUCUGAUUGUGGCUUCAAGUGUCAAUGUCAUCUGUGCUCUCCUGGUUAUACUGAUUUCCUACCUGCUUAUAUUUAUGACCGUCUGGAAGAUGCACUCGGCGAAAGGUCUGUCUACCUGUGCUUCUCACCUCACUGCAGUCUCCAUAUUUUACGGGACGGUCAUCUUCAUGUAUUUCCAACCCACCUCCAGUCAUUCCAUGGACACAGACAAAAUGGCAUCCGUUUUCUAUGUGAUCAUCAUCCCUAUGCUGAACCCUGUGGUCUACAGCCUGAGGAACAAGGAGGUGAAAAGUGCGUUCCAGAAGAUUUUCCAGAGGGCCACAUCAUCUUUAGGAAUGGGAUUUUAAUGUUGUAGGGUGCAUAUAACUAAUCUCACGUCUCUUGGAUCAUCUUCAUUCGUAUUUUAAAU